CGGAGAGUGGGGGGGCUGGGUCCGAGAGUGGGCAGCAGGUGUAAGCGGAGCCUGUGUGUGUCCCAGGCAGCAAUAGGGAGGCAGCACUCACUGAGAGAGACACACAGACAUAUACACACACAUAGAGCAGGAGUGUGCAACUGGCCUGCAGUUCAACACAAGGCUACUUAUAUCUCUACAUGUUUACAAGGAGAAGAAGAAAAAAACGCGAAUGCACACAUAAGCAUUUAUAAUAUGUGCUCACAACUUUUGCGUUCUCUUUAAACACAGUUCCAGCCUCAUUUCCUCUCCUCUUUCUAGCAUCCCUAUGUACAGUGUUCAAAAUGAUGUCCAUGAACAGCAAACAGCCAGCCUUCGGGAUGCAUCACACCCUACCUGAGCACAAGUACACUUCUCUGCACUCCAGCUCGGAAGCAAUAAGGAGAGCCUGUCUACCAGCGCCGCCGCUGCAGAGUAACAUCUUCGCCAGUUUAGAUGAAACUCUGCUGGCCCGCGCCGAGGCUCUGGCGGCCGUGGAUAUCGCCGUGUCCCAGGGCAAGAGCCACCCGUUCAAGCCGGAUGCCACCUACCACACCAUGAACACGGUGCCAUGCACUUCUACCUCGAGCGUCGCCCUGCCGCACCCGUCCGCCCUGUCCUCGCACCCGCACGCCCACCACCACCACCACCCCCACCAGCCGCACCAGCCGCUCGACCCGGGGGAACUCAUCGACCACCUCAGCUCGUCUUCGCUGACCCUGGCCGGGGCCAUGGCAGUGUCCGGAGGAGGGGGCGGAGGGGCGGGAGGAGGAGGAGGAGGGGGGGACGGGGGUGGAGGGGGAGGUGGUGGUGGAGGAGGAGGAGGCGGCGGGGUGGUGUCAACCUCUUCUCACCCCCACGCGGCUCACAUGCACGGCCUGGGCCCCCUGAGCCACCAUCACCACCACCAUCACCACCAUCACCACCCCCACCCUCACCAGGCGGCCAUGGGCAUGGCGCCGCACCCUCACGGCCUGGUGGGCCACGGCGUGGCGUCCGGCCUGCCGUCGGUCAACGACGUGGACGCCGACCCGCGGGAGCUGGAGGCGUUCGCCGAGCGCUUCAAGCAGCGGCGGAUCAAGCUGGGGGUGACCCAGGCGGACGUGGGCGCGGCCCUGGCCAACCUGAAGAUCCCGGGCGUGGGCUCGCUCAGCCAGAGUACCAUCUGCCGCUUCGAGUCGCUGACCCUGUCGCACAACAACAUGAUCGCCCUGAAGCCCAUCCUGCAAGCGUGGCUGGAGGAGGCGGAGGGCGCGCACCGCGACAAGAUGAACAAGCCCGACAUCUUCAACGGCGGCGAGAAGAAGCGCAAGAGGACGUCCAUCGCUGCCCCGGAGAAGCGCUCCCUCGAGGCUUACUUCGCCGUCCAGCCUCGGCCCUCCUCCGAAAAGAUCGCGGCUAUCGCCGAGAAACUGGACCUGAAAAAGAACGUUGUGCGGGUUUGGUUUUGCAAUCAGAGACAGAAGCAGAAACGAAUGAAAUUUUCCGCCAACCACUAGCUGGAAGAGAAAAAGCGGGAUCCCCCUUUCUUCCUAUCCUCUGCCCCCCACCCCCCCCGCCACCUUUUAUUCCAGCCACCACCACCCCCCUGCGCCACUCCCCCAGCCCGUCUCCUAAAACCCCCGCUAGCAGACUCGAUAACGGACAGAUUUUUUUUCUGGGGGUGACCGAGGAUAGAUGUUCGUCCUCACUUGUCUCCCUCCCGGACUUGGUCACAGUACUUUAUUUAUGUGUGUUUAAUGGAGCCAGCGGAGGUCUGCAAACGCGUUCCUGAUCUGAUCCAAGCGAAAUCAUCGGUUUCUGAAGCGUCGUGGUGUUUGUGUUAUUUUGCCACGUUAUUGGUGAAGUAUGCAAGUCACAGGUAAUUCAGACCGCCCGGUUUCUGUGCUGAAAUUUCUAGAUUUUAAGGGGAAGCAAAAGAACAAAACUGUAACCGUGCCAGACUUGCCAUUAUCUCGUUAUUGGAAACAAAAUGCGAAGAAAAAUUGAUUGAUGUUCAGUCACUUCAGUAUAAUUUCACUCCAGUGUUCCAUUGAUGCUGCUGUGCUCCGUUUUCUCUCGUCCUUUUUUUUAAAAACAAAAAAACCAUUACCUCGACAACUUUUUGUUAUUCAUCAGCCCAUGACGUCUGUUGCGUUAGGACAUUUCGAGUCUGACUUUUCAGAAGCCGAUUGCUUCAGUUACAAAAAAAAUGCUCAGGCACGAUCGUCCAUUUGAUUUGAUAUGAGUACUUACUACUGGAGAGGGAUAACGUGUGGUUCCCCCCCAAGUAAUAUCUUUCCUUCACUUUAUCUGAUAGAAGAAGCACACUCGUGCUUGCGGAUAUUCUUACUUGAUUUGCCGUUUGGGACAGUAUUUAUGCAGAUCGUGGUAUAUAGCCUCAUUAUUAAUUAUUUUCAAUUCUUAAUAGAAAAAACAAAACAUACGAAAAAAAAAUCACAAUUGACAUUUUACAGUGAUAAUCGUUUCCAAAGGUCUGCAUGCUGAUCAGAUCAUGGUUUUGUUUUUUUUUGGCAGAUGUAACGGGCGUUAGCUGUCGGCACUCCGUUUUCUGGUAAUUGCACUAAAAGUAUGUUGCAGAGUUUAGUAUAUCGUACUGGGUGGAGAACAUGUUAGCGUAUUAUGGUUUACGAUCUAAAUUCAAGCGAUUCUCGCAUCUAAAGCUUGAUACAGGACUACCAAAAGUUUGCGCAUUAAAUAUUUACACUAAAUUAUUGAUUCUGUUUUGGGUAGGAAUAUCUCCUUAGCAGGCAUCUAAAAUACGUGCGCAGGAGCAAAAUGACUGCAUGAGCUGAGGAUGGAAUACCGAAUUUGGCGCCUAUGGAUUUGAUAUAAAAAUCUUAUGUCUGCAGCGCAAACAUUCUAUGCAUUUGGAACUGAAAUGAGCACUAUAGAGUAGCUUGAUAGACCUUGUGGAUGGUGUGAUUUCACUGUUAACUGCCUGUUUUCACUAGACACAACAUUAUGACCCUGUUUAUAACUGUAUAUAGGUGUUUAUUGUAAAUAACUUUUUAAUUUGCGCACAUGUAUGUUUACAAACUGCAGCCACGUGUGCAUCAUCCGUAAAAGGAAAAAAAAAGUUUCACUUUAAGUCGAGCCCUGUCCAAUGUAUUUUUGCCAAGCUUCCUCCUGGAUUGUGUUUUUUAAAAUUUAUUUACUUAUUUAUUUAAUUUAUUUCUGUAAGCCAAAUACAACAGGGAGAUAUGUCCUCGCACAUUUAUUAAUAAAAAAAGGGAAACAACUGUUUGUUUAAGAGUGCACUUCUAUUUUUUUCUUGGUAAAACUGAGUUGAAGCGGUUAGGUAAAAAGCCGCAGAAGCUUGCAACGAUCGCUAAUAUCAUUUGGAGGCAGUUUCUAAGUUUUCCGUGCAUGCUCUAAACCGUGAACACACGCAAAAGCAAAAUCGUCUACAUGCACUUCAGAAUUUGAACGCUCGAACUUUCUGUAAACAGAAAUUCUGAGUUUUGAAAGGAAGAAAUGAUUUUAAGAACCUAAACAUGCGAUAGAUGUUUGCAAUUGUGCUUUAAAAAUAAAAAAAAGUCUCAAAAUUCGGACAAUAGUGCUUUACAUAUCACACCAGAAGAACUUUUAAAUUAAAUACAUGUUGUCCCGACUCCUUUGCUUUACAUGAAAGUGGCAAAUGAACCUCUGUAGUUAGGCUCCUAGUUAGUUGCGGCAUUAUGAACUACGUUUGUGAUGCCACCUACUGCACUACUAGAACACUUUCCACCCCGAGAUUUAGCUAACAGGUUUUGGGUUAACUUUUGGACCCCUUGAUCAUUUUUCCCCGCUUCAUAAAAUGGAGGCGUUGAAUGAUCCAUUGUAGAAGACAACAAUUUUAACGCAAACACGCCUUUGAAUGAAUAGGAACAUGUACGGGUGUCUCACUUAGAUUCAUUGAUC